AAGACGCAGCAGACGGCGACGUUUCCUCAUCCCAGGAAAGUCCAUUUCCUUUGUGUGACUUAAUCCUGCAGUAACUGUGAUGCUUAGCAGACAAAGAGGGGAGGAGUGGGAGUCUCUUCAAGCAUGAAGCCUUUUGUUUCUAACAACAUCCAGUCUGAGCUGCAUAGAGGCAUCGAUUCAGUCAACAUGUUGUCCUCCGUGCUGCUGCUGCUGCUGAUCAGCGGCUCUCAGGCUGAUUAUUAUGGCUUCGUCUACAGCUCCUCCACUAAAGACCUCCAGGCGGGUGGAUUCCCGACCGUGGCUCGCUACCUGUACAGCUUCAGCACGUGUGCAGAGGUUGAUGCUCAGGUUUGUGGAAACAGCUGCAGUUUUUCAGAGAUAAUCUUGAACAAAAUCCAGGAAAUCAGCGGCGAAUGGUGUCAGAAGGAAAGGCUGGUCAGCAGCGUGAACAAUGGGAGCCAGCUGAGUCAGUCUGGGUUUUCCGGUGGAAACUGGACAGACAACAGGAACGGGGUUGUCUCGUUCAGAGUCCAAAUGCAGGACGAGAAAGGAAUCCGCUCCGACACCGGCAGACCCAACACGUCUCCACUGACCACAGUCCUUCCUGUUCUGAGAGUUCCUUCCAACUGUCAGAGAAACUUCAGCUUGUUGGCAUUUGACCCAGAUGGAGAUGAAAUAAGAUGCAGAGACGCACAAAAUGCAUCCGAGUGUGACGUCUGCACACCGGCACCUGUCCUCCACCUCUCACCCUCGUGUGCUCUGACCUUCAGCCCCACCAGCAGCAGUAAUGAAGGGUCGUACGCCGUGCAGCUCAUGAUGGAGGACGUUGCUGUUCAGACCAUCACCUUGACUCAAGCAAACGGUGGAACGUCACAGAGGAACGCAGGAGACGUCCUCAACAAGAUACCCGUCCAGUUUGUUUUCAAAGUUGAUCCUGUUGCACCGUCCUGCACUGGAGGCGUCUAUCUGCCCAGAUUCCUGCCUCCGACUCCAGACAACGGGGCAAAACUCAGCACCUCCGUCAAUCAGACCCUGGAAAUCAGUGUCAGGGCCGAGGCAACGCAGUCUGAGAUCACUGAGCUUCUGUUCAGCGGCCCACACAGCGUGAUCAGGAGCAAAUCAGGGCCAGGAGCCUUCACCCUGAGAUGGACGCCGUCUGACUUCGAAGGCGGACUGAGCCAUCCCAUCUGUUUCGUCGUCCGGGCAAACUUCUCCAGCUCUGUGUUCACCUCUGACCUUCGCUGCGUCGUUGUGACGGUUGGAAACGACUCGGCUGCAGCCGCAGCUCCAACCGGACCCCCUUCCAGUACACCAACACCCUCAGUGAGCAUAGCAACAGCCCGGCCGCCAACGACCAGCACGACAUCCAUCAGCACCUCUGCAAACCAAACAACACCUGAUCCAUAUUAUGUCAUCGCCCUGAACGCAAAGAUCUCGGCCGCCGCGUCUCUGAUAAAUGAUAAGGAGACCCUCGCACAGCUGAUUAAGGAAGAACUGAUCAGCUAUGGGCUGCCACCAACCAUCAGCGUUAGGAUCUUGAGCAGCGGUUCUUUGGAAGUAACAGCUGCCAGAUAGCGGCGACUUCUUGCAGGAAAAUGGUUUUUGUGACUCAUUGAUUCAGGAUUUUAUUUUUCAUACGUUUGUAAUCAACCACAUUUAUGAAGCUUUCUGCACAGGAUGUUAAACAUCAAAAUAUUCAAUUUCAUUUUAAUUUUACAUGGCUUAGCUGGAAAUUAAUGUUAACAGACUGAAGUAAGAUGUGACAUUAUUUUGAAUACAAAAAAAA